CCGACCUCCUCCAGCUGGACUAUGUGAGAGACACCUGCAGCAGCUACAUGGCCAUGACCGUGGAGCGCUCCACCUGUGUGGACCUGUAUAAGUUUGCUGAUGUCUACUCUGUAGACAUUGUCCGUAAAGCUUGUCUACUGGGGAUUGCGAGCCAAUUUACUGAGUUUUCCUUUACCAUCGAGUUUUGCAGCCUGACUGUGAAUCAGCUGACUGAGAUCAUCAGCCAUGAUGAGCUGGAUGUUAAUGAGGAGACAACAGUUUGGGAGGCUGUGGUGAGAUGGGUGCAGCACAGCAGAGAAAACAGACUGCACCACCUACCCAGCAUCCUUCCUCACAUCCGCUUUAACCUGCUGACCUCAGACGAAACGGCAGCCAUCUUGGAACACCCCCUGGUCAGGGAGGAUCCCGGGAGUUCUGAGAUCAUCAGGAAUGUGGUACAGAAGAACCUUAACCUGAAGCCAAGGUUUGGGAUGACCACGGAGAUGGCUAUUCUGGAAAUUCUAGCCGAGGGUCGCACUGAGCUUGUCUUCAUGAACUAUCGGGAAGGAAAGUACAUCACUUACAGUUACAAGCCAACAGAGCUCCCUUUCAUCCAUGACAUGACAGUCACCAGUGAUAACGACAUCUACGUCCUGGACUCUAAAGAAUCAGAGGACGAGAGUCAACUGUUCCUGUUUAAGUACAACCAUGCAGAAAACACAGUCAGACCACUGGCAACAACUGCAAGGCUGGCCGAAGCCGGGAAACCUAGCUGA